AUGGGCUUGCGUGUGUCGCUCUCCUGGCUGGAGAAGCUGCUGGCCGACAUCAUUCAGAAGCAGCUGGCCGAGCAGAUUGUGUUGCCAACCGUGGCCACCGUCUUGCUUGACAUUACAAACGAGGAUGCCUGGUUUGAAGCUGGUGGUGUGGUCCCAGAGGGCGUCAUGACAGUUUGCAUUCAUGGAGCUCGUGGGCUGGCGGCCAAGGAUGUGGCGCUUCCCUUCGGUCUGUCGAGACCGAGCUCCGACCCGUACUGCUUAGUAGCAGUUGGAGGCAAGCCAUUCCGUACACCCACGCGACCUCAGAAUCUCAAUCCUCAGUGGAGUGAAGCAGAAGGAACUCAUAAGUUCUUGGUCUAUUCCCUCACGGAGCAGUUCUUGACUGUGGACCUUUAUGAUGAGAACCCCUACGUCGAGGAUACCUUUCUUGGUUCGGUUUGCUCUGCUGCCUCUGAUGUCGUGAAGAUGUCCUGCAGCAUGGCGGCUCGAAGGCUAGCCAAGGACAGGCCUUUAGCCUCCUUGGUUUCGGCAGCACUGCUGUUGCACUGGUCCAUCCUGGAUUCAGGGCCACUGUUGAAUGUCAUGGCGGCUGCUCCAACUAGCCCUUCUGCGAGGACCUUCCAUCGGCGCCCACUCCCAGAGCCAGCGAUCGCCUUCUCCUCGUCGCAGGGCCAGGUGCUCUUCGCUGAAGCCCUGGCAGCAGGAGGUAUGGGCUGCUUCUUCCGACUCAUCGAGCAGUUCCACACCCAAGCGGAGCCCGCAUACUGUGGCCUCGGCACGUUGGCUAUGGUCCUGAACGCCCUUGGUGUGGAUCCUGGCCGGAAAUGGAAGGGUCCGUGGAGGUGGUUCAGUGAAGACCUGCUGGACUGCUGUGAACCGCUGGAGGUCGUGAAAGAGAAGGGCCUCACCUUUGGCAAGGUGGUGUGCCUCGCUCGGUGCAACGGAGCCCAAGUGGAUGCACACCGGGUGGACGAGGCAGACGUGACCGAGGAGGACUUCAGGAAAGCAGUGACUGCCAGCUGCGAAACGGAUCCGGGAUGCGGCUGCUCCGGUGUGGUGGUUGUUUCCUACAGUCGGAAGCAGCUGGGACAGACAGGUGAUGGCCAUUACUCUCCAAUCGGAGGUUACCACCGUGCCAGUGAUCAGGUCUUGAUCCUCGACGUGGCCAGGUUUAAGUAUCCUCCACACUGGGUGCCAAUGUCGCUGCUUUGGGAAGCAAUGCAGAGAACCGAUGCAGAGACUGGGCGAUGCCGGGGCUUCAUGGUGCUGCGCUCCAAGGAGGAUUCUUGCCUUCAGCUCGUUUGGAAAGCUGAUUAUGACGAAACCGUGACGGACUGCUGGACAAUGGUCGGCGUGCUGCAGUCCUUUUCAAGGGCUUUGCUUUCCGAGCCUUUGCCGGAAGAUGGUGUGGUGGCAGAGAUUCUGAAGCGUGCGCUGCGCUUCAUCGACUCCUCGGCAAUGCCCCUGGAGGUUGCCUGCAAGGUCUUUGAUGCCUCUACAGAAGAGCCAUGCGCAGCAAAGCGCAAAGCUUGCUGGGAGGCUCAUCAAGCCUUAGCUGAAGUCGUGGAAAAGCUUGACAAAGCUUUGGGGACCCGUUGCCUGGACUCGUGCUUGCCCGUCUGCCCGGAGGGAGCAUGCGAGACCUUGAAAGGCGCUGUAUUCACUGCUGCCAAUGUGCUGGCCAUUGACCUCAACAUGUGGCAAAAGGUAUUGGUAGAAGGCACUUGUGCAGAGCAUGCCGGUCCUGACCCGCACUCCAGCCAAGCGGGGUUGGCCGAAGCAGCGUGGAAGGAGCUAAAGUUGCUGCUUUCCGACAUGCCGGCCAACCUGCAGCAUGAGAUUGACCUUUUGCGUGGACAGUGGGCAGAUCUUCUAACCGCCAGAGAAGACAUGCGGGCCGAGAAGAACCCGUGCUGCAAGGGAAAAGCGUUUGGUAUCUUGAAGGCAGACGGUCGCGAGUUGGAGCUGACUGGCCCGGGAACGCUUCGGCUCUCUGCGGGAUAUGCCGAUUGCGCUAAGGAGCUGAAAUUGGACGAUUUCAAUCUGCGCCAGCAAUUGAGAGCACUGGAUGGCACGCUACCUCAGGCUGCUGCGUUCGUUGUUCUGGUCGGAAUCGAUUGCUGCACAUUUCCAGACGAGCCCGUUGAGGAGGAUGCCAAGAAGCGCGGCUCGUUCGUUUGCAAAGUCACUUGCGAGGAGCACGAGCAAGCUUUCCGCAGCCGGACUGCCCGCAAACAGGGACGCUAUGGAGCCACGGCUUGGUGGCGUCUGGACAACUCUGAGCAGUCAAGUCUCAGUCCCCCGUCGCCAACAGUGGCUGGAGCAGAGGAAGAUGAUGAGGACUGCCUCACUGCCCACUUUCAGUCGACUUUCACCCACAUGCUGCUUGCAGAUCCCCGCAGUGUCGUGUGCCACAUCAAACUGGAGAAGCGUGGAGGAUUGCCAGGUGUCGGGAAUGUUGUGGGCGAAGUGGAUUUCCCUGUCUAUCGCCUCAUUCAUGCAUCAGGGAACACUUCGAAGGCGGUGCUGCGUGUGGGCCCAGCCCAGCUUUCUGUAUUGGCGCAGCUACGAGCAACAGAGGCAGACGGCUCCAGCACCCGCCGGACUUACACUGCAGUUACUUCUGGAGGAGCUGAAGGACGCAAUGAGGUUGUGCCACUGCCGCCUAAGACCUGA